ACAUCAUCGCGUGGGGCGUUUCUUAGCCUUCAUACCGGAAAAUCCCGCUGUAUGUUGCAGCCGCGCAGCAGCAGCGGGCGAGUAGGCAUGCUGACAGGAAUAGUUCAGUUGUUCCUGUUGGUCUGUGUUUCGGGACACUGACGUUUCAGUCGCAGAAUCUGCGUUUCUCCUACGCCGCUCGUGCUGCACUAACGCAUCCAAGGAGUGACGUAAGGGUUGUGCUGGAAGCGUGAUGUAAACAGGGAAAAUGGAAGCCAGGCAUAAAAAGGUCCUUCAGCAGAACAGGACUAAUCUGGUGACGAGUUUAGAUCCCUCAGAUGUCUACGAUGGACUUUUGGCAAGGGGCAUCUUCACUCAGGACAUGAUAGAUGAGAUAAAGAGCUCUGGAACCAGACGGGCUCAAGCCAGACAGCUGGUGAAGGACCUAGAGACCAGAGGCAGUCGAGCUUUCCCAGCCUUUCUGGACUGUCUUCGUGAAACUGGCCAAGCCAGCCUGGCAGAGCUGCUAGAGAGUGGAGGUCCUGUUUCCAUCCUUGUUUCACCCCGUGUGCAACCUACUGUAAUCCCCCUCCCAGUUCCAGGGAAUCCUGAAAACAAUAGGAAUGGCAAAAACCAUGACGGAGCUGAUGCUUCACCGAAGCUGGUGCCGCUGAAACCGACCACACUGCCUUUGGAUGUACUUCCCAGCCCGUCUCCUGACAGAGACAGACCCAGGCCACCCAGGCAGAGGCGUGAUAGUGUACAGAGUUAUAAGAUGGAUGCCAGUCCUUGCGGAAUCUGUUUGAUCAUUAACAAUGUGGAGUUCGACGCUUCCUCAAACCUGAAGGAGCGUAAGGGGUCUGACGUUGACUGUGACAAGCUAGAAAAAAGAUUCCAAUCCCUCAAUUUUCACGUUGUUGUUAAGAGGAACCUGAAAUGCAAACAAAUAAAACACGAGUUGUCUUCACUUGCUAAGAUGGAUCAUUCAGUGUAUGACUGCUGCGUGGUGGUCAUCCUGUCACAUGGCACUGAGGCAAGCCACAACCGCUUCCCUGGAGCAGUGCACGGUGUGGACGGCCCCUCUGUCCCUGUUCAGAUAAUCACAAACUACCUGAAUGGCCAGAACUGUUCAUCUCUGCAGAGCAAGCCCAAACUUUUCUUCAUACAAGCAUGUGGAGGAGAUCAGAGAGACAUUGGUUUUGAGGUGUCUCCAGACGAGGUGCAGCCCACUCCAGGUGGUAUUGAUGAUCAGACGGACGCCAUCCCCUUGUCCUCCAGCAGUGACUCACUCAGCUUCUCUGAUGAGAUUGACGCCAGGGCCUCUCUUCCCACACCCAGUGACAUUCUAGUAUCUUACUCUACCUUUCCAGGAUAUGUGUCAUGGAGGGAUACAUUUGCAGGCUCUUGGUACGUGGAGACACUGGAUCGCGUGCUAGAGGAGAAUGCAGUCACUGAUGACCUCGUCACCAUGUUAAUGGUGGUGAACAAUGAAGUUUCUCAGAUAUCUGCUAAAGGCCUUUACAAACAGAUGCCUGGGUCUUUCAACUUUCUUCGGAAACUGCUCUACUUUCAAGCUUCAAAGACAUGACCUACUGAAACCGACAUGAGACAGGCAUAAUUGACUGAUUAGAGAACUGAUAGAAUUUUUAUGCCUGAUUCAUUGAUGAGAACACAGUCAACAUGCAGGACUGUGGAUUAGUCUUCAUUGUCUGUUUGAUUGUCUCACAGCUUAAAGCCAGAAUCACUUACCUCUGUACCAGGGGUUCCCAAUCCCAGUGUGCUUUGUUUCAUACAGCACAGCUGAUUCACCUAACUAUAUCAUAAGGAAUAAUGUCUUUUGGGUUUGUAAAACACUAGAGGGCGCUCCUGAACAAGUCCAAAAUGAAGAGUUCCUGUGGAGCUUUUCUUUAAAAGGUUUAAAAGUCAGAAUUUGUAAGUGCUUAAUCAUUUUGUAUAUAGAAAAAUGCUUAUUUUCUCAACUUCUUCUUCUUCUUCUUCUUUCGGCUGCUCCCUUUAGGGGUCGCCAUAGCGAAUCAUCUGCCUCCAUCUUGCCCUAUCUACUGCCUUCCUCUACUUUUACACACGUAACAUAAAAUAUUUCAACACUGUUCUUAUAUUUUUUAGUUCUUUGAAGUUGUAGGACUUUAUAACAGUGCCUCAUGUAUGUUCAUGACAUCAGUGAAAGCAAACUGCUUUACUCAGGUGAUUAACUUUUCAGCUCACCAGCCAAUCAGCAUUCAGUAGCAAUAAUGCUAGUGUCAGAAAGACAGGUACGUUUUCUUUGAUACUUUUUGUAAUAUGUCCUGCAUAGAUGGUUAAUAGCCAUAUAACUUAAUAUACCCUCCAUUGAUUUAAGAACUGGUCAUAGGUACCCUCUCACAAUUUGCAGUCAUGUUUUUGAUACUACGAGAGAAAUAGGAAGCAGCCAGGCUCUGCCUUAACCUGGCUCUGUAGUGGGCUGGUCAAGUGUGUAGAGUGGAGUGUAGGAAAGCAAAAAUGUGCAGCGCAUGGAGUCGCCAGGACUCGGAUUGGGAACCCCUACUCUGUACCUCAACCAUAGAGGCCUAUGAGAGCAGGGAAGACUGCUGUGGGACAUGUCAGUAUGUUAAAUAUGUUGCUGGGUUUUUUAUCCUUUUGUUAUUUUGAUAAUCAAUACAAAUAAAACUUGAAAAGAUAAUGUCAAUUUGUGAAUUUCAUCCUUAAAUUCAAAUUAAACUGACUGAUUCAGA